UCACACAGGCCAGGCUUGUAUAUAUCGCAGUAAAAAUCAUGUUUCCUUCAUCCAAGUCAACAGCUCGGAUAUUUUUGCCUCACUGCGCUGUUUUCAACUCACAGUCACCAGUCACUCCUCGUGGGACUGAAGACAAGGUUUUGGCUGCGAUUGAUCCCAAGUAUCCCAGAGAGGAGGAAUUAUCUCUGACAUGAUACUGUUCUGAUGAGCACACCUGUGAGGCAGGGGAUUACACAGAGGAGAGCAUGCCGUGCGGAGUGGUGAAGUCCUUUCUGUCGAGCGUGUCUCGGAGGAAGCCCCUGGAGCCCGAGGGGGAGCAGUCCACGUUUAACCGAUGCCUGACCACUCUGGACUUGGUGGCCCUCGGUGUGGGCAGCACCCUGGGGGCUGGGGUGUACGUCCUGUCUGGAGAGGUGGCCAGAGACACAGCUGGACCAAGCAUCAUCAUCUCCUUCUUCAUCGCCGCUCUGGCCUCCAUAUUCGCCGGGCUGUGCUAUGCAGAGUUUGGGUCCAGGGUUCCCAAAACAGGCUCAGCGUACCUUUACAGCUAUGUGACUGUUGGGGAGCUGCUGGCUUUUAUCACUGGGUGGAAUCUGUUACUGUCCUACGUCAUAGGGACGUCCAGUGUUGCACUCGCAUGGAGCGGGACAUUUGAUGACCUCAUAGGCGGCGUCAUAUCAAAAUACUUUGAAGAAAAUGCAGCCAUGGAACUUCCUGGUCUGGCACCUUACCCAGAUGUCUUUGCUGCGGCUCUCAUCCUGCUACUGUCAGGUCUGCUGGCUUUUGGAGUGAAAGAGUCGACUACAAUCAACAAGAUCUUCACAGCAAUCAACAUCCUGGUGCUGCUGUUUGUGGCCAUCUCUGGAUUCAUCAAGGGAAACAUCUCCAACUGGCAAAUCAGUGAAGAGGCUCUGAUAAAUGCCACAGCAGAAUUCAACAACCUGACCUCCACUGUCAAUGUAACAAGUAUAUAUGGAGAGGGUGGAUUUUUCCCUUAUGGCUUAAGUGGAACCCUGGCUGGAGCUGCAACAUGUUUCUAUGCCUUUGUUGGAUUUGACUGCAUUGCCACAACAGGUGAGGAGGUGAAGAACCCCCAAAAGUCUGUCCCUGUGGGCAUUGUAGCCUCACUACUUAUCUGUUUCCUGGCCUACUUUGCUGUGUCUGCCGCCCUCACCCUGAUGAUGCCCUACUACAUGCUCAGUGAGAAAAGCCCCCUGCCAGUGGCCUUUGAGUACGUCGGCUGGGGUCCUGCCAAAUAUGCUGUGGCUGUGGGAUCACUCUGUGCCCUGUCCACCAGCCUGCUGGGUUCCAUGUUCCCAAUGCCCAGGGUGCUGUUCGCCAUGGCAAGAGAUGGCUUGCUUUUCCGACCCCUGACCAAAGUCACAGCCAAAGGCAGUCCUGCUAUAGCCACAAUAUCAUCUGGAAUUGUGGCAGCCAUCAUGGCUCUGCUGUUUGACCUGGAAGCCUUGGUGGAAAUGAUGUCCAUCGGCACGCUGUUUGCUUACACACUCGUGGCUAUAUGCAUUCUAAUACUGAGGUAUCAGACGACUCCCUCAGAAGACACAGACCUGAAGAUCAUAGAAUCAAACACCAAAUUUGGCUUCCUGAGGCCUCCAUCAUCGCCCAACUCAUCCACUGCACGAACAGUCACAAUCUUGACUAUAGUCUCUGUUGCAUGUGUGGUUGGACUGUGCAUCACCCUGACUCAAGCCCUAGAUGCUCUGUCUCGUAUGGAAGCGUGGAGUCUGGUGGUUGUCUGCAUCCUCGCCUUCAUCUUGUUGCUUAAUGUUUUCCUCAUCUGGAGGCACCCACAAAACCCCACCAAGGCAUCUUUUAUGGUGCCUUUACUCCCUGCUCUGCCUUUACUGAGUACACUCAUCAAUGUCUACCUGAUGGUGCAGUUAGGUGCAGACACUUGGAUAAGAUACGCUAUCUGGAUGCUCGUGGGGUUAGUCAUCUAUUUUUGCUACGGGAUUUUUAACAGCGUUCAGAGGAAGCGUCUCAGGCCCAGCAACAUGAUGAUUGAAACCAUCAGCGGCAAAAUAAACAAUUCGUUCAAAACAGACAUCAUUAAAGAAGAGAAAUUCUGAGCUUGUUUGGAGUGAUUCAGAUGUUACAGUGAGUAACUACUUGCACCAGUGCUGAUCUGUUUCUGCAGUGUUCAGUCUCAAAGUGUCAGUGUGACAGGUGUAGAGUGUGUAUUUAUGGAGUUUGUAAUUUAUCUAAAUAUUCUUAUUGCCAUCAUUGAAAUGCUCCCUGACAUAUUUUUGGACCUUCAAGGCAUUUCAUGAAGCCACAUGUGUAGGAAUCAUUACAGAUCUGGGAGCACACAUUUAGAAACUUUAAACUUCUCUCCUUGCUCAUUUUCAUACCAUUAUUAAUCACUUUUACCUGUGUGUGUGUGUAUCCUGUAUCAAUGUCAGAGCCUUGUCCUGGGGCCUCUAAAUUUACCAUCAAAGAAACUCAUGUUUAAAAAGAAAAAGAAAAAAGGGCUCAGACUAUUUCUUGUAGAUAAUUAAACCAUUGUAUUACACCUAAAUAAUAAGUUUACACUUUUUAUAUCAAUUGUAAAAUGUGAAAAAUUAUUUCAAGUUCAUAUCAUUUUAAUAAUGAUUAGAAAUAAAGAUUUUUUUUCUCUUUUUUUACACAUAAAUUUAUGGUGUUAGAAUGAAAAACAUGUACAAUGUAGAUACAACAAACAUUUUGUGAAAUGUCAUAUUUUUUGUUCUUAGCCUGUUUAAUGAUUCACAACAUUAAUUGUUUAUUGCUUCAAAGUGUAAAUACGAAAACUGUACGUGUUUUUCUAAUUAUAUGUUGUAAAUGUGCUCCUUAAUUAAAAAAAAAAAAAAAAAAAAGAAAUAAUCCUGUUUUCAAGACAA